AUGGCUUCCCUUACAUCCAAACGGAAGUCUCGCGACGACGCGUACCCCGUCGAUGAAGCUAGAACGCCGACUGGCAGUCCUCCUAAGAAGAGGGCCCGAGUAACCCGAAACCAGAAACAAGCACUUAUGGAUAACCUGCAGCUAGAGAUCACCGAGCGGGCUCGUAAACUUCGCGCACAAUAUGCGCUUCAAGCAAAUGAUCUCCGGGCUCGGAUGGAAAGACGCAUUAAUCGGAUCCCCAUUGCCCUCAGGAAGGUAAAUAUGGGUGAGCUGUUGGAAAAGUACAAUGCUGCCCUCCGGGCGCAGCAAGAGAAUACCUCCCCGAGGAAGUUCAUGAGCCCGAUCAAAGGGUCACGAAAUUUUGCAGCUAUCUCGGUUAAUCCUGCAAUGCGGAAGGCUUCUGCUGCAAGCCCGAGCCCUCGCAGGACGAAGAAACAGAGUCGCGAUGGUGUCUACUCCGAUAAAGAAAAUGCCCCUGCGUCAGGAGAACAACUGGAUGUACUCAAGAACCCGAAGAGACGCGCCAAGCCCGGCGCUGCUGCCGGCACUUCGCGGGUGGUCUCUCAAGAAGUCAGGGGGGCAGACUUCAGAAUUCUUUCUCCCAAAUCAUCAAACUCUAGGACAUAUCCACAAUCACCGCUUCGCGCAUCCCCCGAGAAACCUCAGAAUUCAUCUUACCUCUCGCGGCCAAUGUCAUCACUAAAGCCUUCUAGUCCGCUCAAGGCCGCUCCAGCUAGCCUGGCCGGAUCACUGGAAAGCGCGCGUCUUCGUACUACGAAAGGCACAUCAUCUGCAGCAACAGCAAGCAGACCUGCUUCGCAAGCAUCCAAGAGACCAGCAAGUCGGGCCACUACGGCAUCUAAGACGACGACACGGUCGCCCUUGCCACGGCCCGCUACCCGUCAGCUUGAACGCAGAGGUAGUGUCUCAUCCUCCACGUCAUCUGGCACAACCGUCACCAAGCCGACGCGGACAGGUGCAAACGCAAGGAAAGUGACAGCCGCCUCAACCGCUAGCUCUACAGCUAAGAAGGCCGUCGCAAAUAGCCAAGCAAGCUCUGCAACUGCCAAACGUAACGCCGCGUCGGCUACCAGGAAGGCAGCCGUUCCCGCAGGAGGUGAAGCUCCGACAACGGGACGGAGGGUUCUGCGCAAACGGGCUUAA